AAGUUGUUGAUACUAAAUCAUUCAUAACAAUCUAAUCAUGGUUGAUCGAGUUUUGGUUUCGACAAAGUUGUGUUCUCACGUGACACAAAGUAAUGUUGUGUCUGAGACAGGAGUAGUGUACUUUUUAUUCUCAUUGACUAGCUAUAAGUAAAAAGCAAUAUACUAUAAUAAAUUAUUAAAUAAAGUAAUACCUGCUGGAAUAGACUCUUUUUCAUUAAUAAUAGUCAAACACUCUUUGUUUACACAUUCUCCGAUACAAUUCUUUAAUUUAUCUUUAUCGUAUUCAGACAACUCUUUGGCACCAAAACAAGAUUCGUCAUUUUUGAACAUUCGAUAAUGUAUACUCAGGUCUUUACAUUUUUCUUUCAAUGUUUCAUCUUCAAUGCGCUCUAAAGAGUUAACAAAUAUUCGUUGCUUAUAACUUUCAAGUUCAACACAAUUCAACUGAUUAAUUGCGUCUUUUUCACAAAUCGCUUGUGCACUAGGAGCCGAAUCGCCACGAACCAUCAUUUGAAACUUUUUCGCUUUCUUGGACAUUUCGUUAAUCGUUACCGAAAAUUUUUAUUUAUAAAUAACAACAAUAAUAAUAACAAAAAAAAAAUUUCAAAUCAAAACCGGAAUAUGUAGUUACCAAUAUUAAAUGUUGAAAAUAAUGAAAAUGAUAAGAAAUGGCGGCAAACGGUGCACAACGGUAAAUGGUAGUACCAAACUCAAAAAGUGACAUUGCAAAAUUAAUAGGUAUGUCAACAAGUUGUGAUAACCACAAAAUGGCUGCCGGUUUUAUUGGGUGGACGUGUAUUUCUUACGAGAGAAAACAGACUACCAUAUUGUAAAAAUUGUUAACGCAAGUUGUUGAUGUACCUAUUUAUAUUGUCAUCUCUCUGUUAUCAAUUAAUUCACUUGCUUACAAAUAUGAAUUUGUACUUGUGUUUAUGUACUUAAACAUACAGUUAUAAUAAUUAAUAUUACCAAUGCGUUAAUUGCUAUACGUUUGAAAAGAUAUUCAUAUUAGCUCUACAGUCACUCAUUAUGGUGUGCGAUAAGUGUGAGAAAAAAUUAGGAACCGCAGCUACACCCGAUCCGUGGAAAGCAGGAUCUCGCAACGCUAUUCAAACAAAUAGAGUUCAUGAUCAAGACAACAAACACCUGCAGCAAAUUUCCAAAGUUAAGACGUUGACUGGCGGUUCCAAGUCCUCAUCCUCCACUACGAAAACCACACCGUACAGUUUCAUCAGCAGUUGUCGCAUUUGUAAACAAAAAAUACACCUUCCGGGCAGAAAUUACUGUCAGUCGUGUGCAUACAAAAAAGGAAUUUGCGCUAUGUGUGGAAAAAAAAUUCUCGACAUACGCGGGUAUAAACAAUCCGCUACUUAACGUAACAUUAUCUCAAUUGAUAUUUUUUAUAAGUGAAUAUAUUAUUGAACAUCUUGUGUAUAAUAAUGAAAUGUAGAAAUAAUAGUACAUUGUAAAUGUACAUAUACUAAGAUAACACAUUACAUUGAAGUUUAUGUAGUUAAUAAUCAAUUACUUUUUUUUAUGCAAAUACAAGACAAUUUUGUGAUUUUUAUUGUGCUUGGAUUUU